CUUGACUAUCUUAUCCAAAUCUGUUAACAAAAUGUGUAGCUGUCGAAAUCAUAGUUACUCAAUUUUAUAUUCGAGACAUGUUUGAGUCAGUCCUACUAUUAUUUUAAAUACACAUGUAUUGGUUUAUGUUAGAGUCCCACAUCGGAAAGAAAUAAAAUCCUUGGGUAAUAUAUAUAGUAUGAGGCAAACCUCCUCCCUUGAGCUAGCUUUUGGGUGUUGAGUUAGGCUCAUUACUAAUAACAUGAACUAAAGUCAAAACCAUCGUGAUUGGAGAAGAAAAAGAAGAUCUCGAGAGAUGGAAGAAGAACUCAAGAACUUAAUCAAAGUAUGGGUUUAUGCAACAAUCUCCAUAUCUUAUUGUUACUACAUAUCAACAAGAAUCAAAGCUGGUGUCUUUCGAUUACUCUCUGUUCUUCCCGUAUGUGCUCUGUUUCUUGUCCUUCCUCUGUUUUUCUCCUCUGUUCACUUCUCUGAAGCCGCAGCAUUUUUCUUCACAUGGCUCGCAAAUUUCAAACUCAUUCUAUUCUGUUUCGAUCAAGGUCCUCUUUUCCCACUUCCCUCAAAUCUCUCCCGAUUCAUCUGUUUCACUUGCUUCCCCAUCAAGCCUCAACAAAACCCUAAUCCUCAAAAUCAAUUCCCCAAAUGGGGUUUCCCUAUUAAAGUUGCUGUUUUUGGUAUGUUGUUACAUAUGUAUGAAUACAAACAAUAUAUGUCUCCGACUGUGCUAUUGGUUCUCUAUUCUCUGCAUAUAUACUUGGAGCUUGAGUUUGUCUUAAUGCUUGUUAAAGUUUUGGUCUUUAUCACUCUUGGAUGCGAUCUAGAGCCACAGUCCAAUGAACCAUACUUAGCCACCUCUCUUCAAGACUUCUGGGGUCACCGAUGGAACCUCAUGGUCCCCGCGAUCCUUCGGCCGGCCGUUUACACCCCCGUCCGGCGACUUGCCGAACGGAAAAUGAACUCCGAUCAGGCUAUGUUCUUGGGAGUUUUUGCAACGUUCCUCGUCUCUGGUACGGUUCACGAGCUAAUCUUCUUCUAUAUAACUCGUUAGAUGCCUACAGGGGAAGUCACUUGGUUCUUUGUGUUACAUGGAGUUUGCACUGCGGCGGAAGUGGCAGUGAAGAAGAGGACUUUUGUGGGGCGGUGGAGAGUGAGUCCGAUAGUGUCACGGCUUCUCACGGUGGGGUUUGUGGUUGUGACGAGUGGUUGGUUGUUUUUCCCUCCUCUUAUAAGGAGUCAUAAGUGAAUGUUUGUUGGUUAUUGACGUUGUUAAACGCAAGUUGUACGUAUUUUAAUGUAACGCCUAAUUUGAAGAAGAGCUUCUCUUUAUCCUCA